AGCAGACUCACCCACGUCCCAGCAGACUCGCCCGCUCUUGAACAUUACCAUGCUCGCCACUAUCGGCUACGGCGUCGCCUCCUUCGUCAUAGCCUUCGUCCUCGCCGCCCUGCUGGGCUCUGACGGCGGCGCGCUCUCAAAGGAAUUUCCUUGGCAGUUUCGACUGGCCGCGGCGUGCCGCACGCCGGUCCUCAUGCUGAUCGUCGUGCCUCUCUCCUUUAUCCGGGGCAAGUACACGCUGGGGAGGCGGCGGCUUCGCCGCUACCUGCGCGGGCCGGGCGGCAAGGCUGCCGCCAUUCGCCAUGCUGCUCACGUCGACUCGAUUUCGGAGCAGCUGAGGGCAUGGGACCGUGGCGGGAGGAAGCGCAAGCUGCGCACCGCACGGUCGAACUGGGCGGCCAUGUCGACCAAGCUGGGCAGCAACAAGGAGGAGUGCAACCAGAUCGCGCUCGGCCACAUGAACGAGAUUCUCGACGUGGACGAGGACGGCUUGACCCUCACCUGCGAGCCAGGCGUGACGAUGGGCGAGCUGACCGACGAGCUCCUCCCCCUCGGGCUGAUGCUGCAGUCUCACAUCGAGAUGGAGUCAAUCACAAUCGGCGGGCUGGCGAUGGGCUUCGGUAUCGAGACAAACUCGCACAAGGUCGGCCUCUUCCAGGAGUCGGUGCUCGAGUACGAGUUUGUCGACUCGCACGGCCGCCGCCACUCGGUGACCAAGGACCAGCCCGAGCUCUUCUACGCGCUGCCGUGGUCGUACGGCACCGUCGGCUUCCUGACUAGCCUCAAGGUGAAGCUUCUCCGCACGCAGCCGUACGUCCGCGUCGAGUACCUCCCCACCUCGUCCGCUGGAGAGCUCACCUCGCAGCUGCAGCGGCUCGCUGCCCUCGGCGAGGGACAGGCGCCCGACUUCCUCGAGGCGACGCUGUACGACCGCGACAACGCCGUCAUCCAGGCGGGCUACUUCGACGCGCGCCCCUCGACUGCCGCGCCGCUGAACCGCAUCAACGUCUGGUACAAGCCGUUCUACUACCGGCACGUCGAGACGGCCCUCCGCUCCGGCGCCUUCCAGGAGUCGAUCCCGCUCCAGCACUUUUUGCACCGCUUCACGCGGUCCAUCUUUUGGGAGCUCGAGGACAUGAUCCCCUUCUCCAACCACCCGCUCUACCGCGCCCUCUGGGGCUGGCUCGGCCCUCCCGAGGUCUCGCUCCUCAAGCUGGCGCAGGGGCCCGUCAUCCGCAGAGCCUCCGUCUACGCGCACGUCGUGCAGGCGAGAGCAUCAUGCCUCUGUGGCGCCUCCCGGAAGGCAUCGCAAAGUUCGACGACUGGUUCGGCGCCUACCCGCUCCUCGUCUUCCCGGUCACCCUCUGCCCCGCCCUACCUGCACGCCUGCCCUCGCUGCACGCCUGCGGCUCUCGCCCCUCCCGCCCGCCCUCUCGCCCCUCCGCCCCGUCGACCUUCUCGAGAGCACCGCGACCCGCCCGGCUCCCAAUCGUUACCCACCCCACCCCCUCCCCCGCGGCGCCCCCCUCCCUCCCCCCCUCCCUCCCGACCGCAGGUGCGCAUCUUCGACCACUCGUCGGAGACGGGCGGCUCGUCCGGCCUGCUCACCCCCCGCGCGGCCGAGAUCGAGCAGGGCGAGGCCUCCGGGCUGUGGGUCGACCUCGGAGCCUACGGCGUCCCGCGCGCCGUGCGCGAGGGCGCGGUCUGGGACGCAAAGGAGAACAUCCGCGCGAUGGAGCACUGGACGCGCGAGGUCGGAGGCUGGCAGGCGCUCUACACCGACAUCUUUUGCACGCCGACCGAGCUGCGCCAGAUGUUCGACUUCUCGCUCCUCGACAAGGCGCGCAAGCGGCACGACGGCGUCGACGCCUUCCCAGAGGUGUAUGACAAGGUCAAGUCCGAGGCGGGCAUAUCGGACCUCUCCGCCGAGCUCGCCGCAGAGCGGGCCGCCGCCAAGAAGGGCACCGCCGCCGGCCGCAGGAGCCAGAGCGCCGCCACCUCCGUCAAGUCGCCCCCCCGCCGCCGCAGCCGCAGCCGCAGCCCCCGCCCCAUCCGGGGCUAGCUGCAGGGCCGGGAGGGGCCGCGUUGGGUCUCGGGCCGAGCCGUCCACCACCCACUCUCCACCCCUAUGUUGAUACGUCUGCCAUGCCCCCUCCCCCUACCUCUAUCGACCCAGAACCCCCAUCGCGUUCGGAUCACGGCGCACUAUUCAUUGAUCGACCACUGGGGCGGGACCGCUGUGGCGUUCUGCGCUCUAAGCGUUGCGCGCCUUCUGUCCGCCCUCUCGAUCCGCGCUUCCCCGCUCGCUCGGCUCACGCGGUACACGGACGCUCGUUACUUAUUUUUCAUUUAUUAAUCAACAAAUUCACACUCGCUACUGUACUCCGAGUGAUACUGAUAGCUGAUCUAGCUGCCGCGCGAGCCGCCGCUCCGCUCGGCGCCCGUGAAACUUGACCAUCGCGUGGAGGGCGAUGCUACCGACGGCCCCUCCGGCAGGUACCCCGAUUAAGGGACUGAGCAGCGUGAUGCCAAUCAGGGCACCCGACCACAUUGCCAGCUCCUGCGCGCGUUUGCGAACGGCUUUGUGUCUCCCGAUAACCUCGCCAGGCGUGGGCGGCUCCUCGCGCAGGUUGGCGAGCGCCUCCUCUGGACGGAAUGGAGUCGAGCAUUCGAUGAGGGCAGUCUUCACUGCAUGUUUGGGCAGAACCAACGCCUGACCGUCACCAGUCAGGUAGAGCCGCUGGGCCGGCGGAGUCAGCGUUGCGCGGCGCCGCCAACGGUGAAGGAGACCGAUUGCGUGCAUGAGGCGCGAUGAGGACAUUAUCGUUCCUUUUUUCAGGGUUGUGGAGCCAGCGGGUGCGUCGUUACUGAUUGCGAGGGCUCGGGCAAGCGGGAAGGUCUUAGUACUGAUCGCUGGCGAAG